CGGAAGGGUAAUCUUACAAGAACAAUGAAAGAAUUGCAUAUGCUAACCAAGCAGCCAGAUAAACACGAUGAGAUAAAUAAAGCUAUUGAAAAGGCAAAGGCAAAGUUUGAGGCUAUUGAAGCAUCCCAUGAUGAGUUAAUUGAGCUUUUGGCUGAUGAAGCGGAAUAUGUUAAAGAAGAAGAAUGGAUGGUCCAAUGUCAGGAAGAGUUCCUUUCCGAGAUGAGGGUAAUUGAGUUACAGCUAGCCGAAGUGUGGAAAGACAAGUCUGAACAGAAAUCAGAGAUUGUUCAAGAUGCUGAAACAGUUGAAAUCAAUCCAGAGACCAAAGAGAAGGUCGAGAUAACUGAAAAUAAAGGUAGCAAAAAUGAACAAAAUGUUGAAUCAGAACCGCCUAAGGCGGAUGAAAAUGUUAGUGUUAAUGAU